AGGAAGGAAGGAGGAGGGGAGCUCUCAGCUGGGACUUUCCUCGCUGCCCUCCAGAGAGGAAAGAAAAAAAAAAGAAAACUUUAAUCACAUGCAGGGCACCGCGCCGGAGAUGAUCCCCGGUGCCGCCGCUGCCACCAAGGAGGUAUGCGGACCCGUGCGCGGUGGUGGGGCCGCGGGGGUCUCUCCGUGCGCUCGGGAAUCUUGCUCCUCUUGAUCCCGCCGCUUCUCCUCGCUCUCCAGCUGCUCGUCGUCGGGUCACGGCUACCUGAAGCCGCUCGGGUGUGGGUUGGGGGGCAGGAGCCGGACGGAACGGUGGCGUUUUCCGUGAUCAGCAUCGAGCCGGAGGGGAGGACGCGCCGCGGGGGAAGCCAGUCCAGGCGGCCGGGAGCGGAGACGGAAGAGGAGGAAGAGGAGGUGGAGGUGGACGAUGGAGAAAGGAAGGAGGGGGGACGCGCGUAUGAGGAUGAGAACGAGAUGCAGUCACGCCAGGGGGGGCCCAGAGCGUUGGAGGUGCAGCGGUGGGCGGCAGAGAAGCCAUCCUUCACAGCAGAGCUCAAUCGUAUCGUCACCUACAUCACAAGGCCACAGCUGAACUGCUCCAGGGUUUUAUCCCCGGGGCAGACUGAGGCAGCGCAGCCCCCUGCAGCUUCAGCCCACUGGUCGCUGUGUGCUGAAGACUGGCUCCUUCCAGCUGCAGAUGGAUCGUGUGUUGCAUACUCCUUCAGUAUGGAUGGGGGGGAUGCAGACUUUCUGAAGACUGUGUCGGGGUUAGGAUGCAAAGUCCACACUUUCGAUCCCACCAACUCCAUUGCAUCUGGUGGUCACCUUGGCAACAGUUUGGCGAGUAACCGUGGCGACGGAGGCGUGGUCAGCCAGCACAAGAUGUGGUUGGAGUGGCGAGCUCCGAAGAAGCGCAGGCACAAGACGAGAGGCAACCUGGGCAGUGUUUCUCAAACACUGGCAGAUAUCAUGGCAGCUCUGGGACACCACACAGUUCACUUCCUCUAUGCUGACCUGCUAAGUGCUGAGUGGCGAGUUUUCCAGAACUGGAUCGAGGCGGGAUCUCUACAGAAUGUCCAUCAUCUGGUUGCCACGGUGCACCUGCAGUGGGCAGGGUUUGAGGUGGGCGGGACGGAUGAGGAAGUGCUGCGCUAUUGGUUCAGCAUCCUUCAGGGUCUCCAGGCUUCUGGACUCAAGCUGGUCCACAGCUCUGCAGGAGAGGGUCACAGCGUCCUGAAGAAGACAGUAGCCAACGCUCACAGCUCCUACACCCUCAGCUGGGUCAACACACGACACUGACACUCACACAUGAACGGACACACAUGAUCUGAGUUUAUGGAUGUCGUCAAACAAGGAGGAGAAGCUCAGAAUCAGAACAGUGGGUGAAGUUUCUUUGAAUAAGGAACUUUUUUCCCUGAGAUUUCAGACAUCCACGGUUCUUCAUCUGACAUCUCCCUCUAGUGGACUUGAAUGAAUUUGCCUUUAUACAAUUAUGCCAUCAGAGGUUGUGUUAAUACUAAAAAAUGUGACCAAAUAUGAAGCAGAAGGAAGGCUUAUUGAUUUAAAUGGGCAAGAGCACAAUCAAAUAAUUAUAUAUAAAGAUUUGUAUCACUUGCAAUGUUAAAACGCAGCACACAUCACAUCACAACACAUCACACAGUGCGACUGAUUUCACAUGAACCUUCAUCCAGCUGUAGCAUGAAUGUAGAUUCAACAGAUUAUUUAUUUCUGUACAGCCCUAAAUGCUUUUUUAUGUGCAAUAAAUCUUUACAUUGAAGACAAGCUUAAUUUAUAUUUAGACUAUUUGUGCCUACUGUGAAAUAUAGAGAAAUUCUUCCAUUAUACUGAGCAUUCUUGCUCUUUACUGUGUACUGUAUUACAAAGAGGAAAACAAUGAAACCAUAAUGUGCAUUAAUAUCACAAUAAAUACAACAUAACACCAAAGAA